GGGGAAGAAUGCCGUCGACGGAGUCUCUGGAAUCCAGGGCAACCCGUCCGCUCCGCCACGGAAGCACCGCAGCCACGCCGGGGCCGGGGCUGGGGGUGACGACCCGGUCGAGGGCGCGCGCGCAGCAGGAAUCCCAAUCCCAAUAUGCCGCAAGGGCCAAGCUCCGCGAGGCGGAUGGGUGCAAGAAGAGGGCCAAGCUUGAUGGGACCAGCCAGCCGGAGAGCUCCAAGAAAGGGAAACCGUCCUCGACUACAGCCAAGAUAGUCAAAGUUCGGGUUGGGGGGACGAGGAUGAUGAUGGCUCUUCCUCUGCGUUCAGCUCUCCAAUUCGCGUGCCCGUGCCUGAAGAUUACAUGCCUUCAAACGGCGACAGUGAGAUGGCCAAGGCGAAUCGGGCUGCGAAUCAGGCCUUCGGACGGAAAAUAUUUCGGCAGAUGGAGUUGCCCACGCUUUUUGAAGAUAUGCCUCCAAGUUGUCUGGUUGAUGAUCCAACGCUUCUUCACAUCCGUGAACCUGCAAGGAAGACGGUGCUUCGUGCUGCUCAAUUCGUUGUUGGGGUUUCAUCCUCGAUAGGUACUGUAACACCAUCCGGUUUCUUUUAUUUUGCUACUAUAUAUAUCCAUGGAUUUGCAGAUGGUGAGCCGCUAGCGCGGUGCUCUGGUUUCUGGAUUGAUUUUGAUAAUGAGAACAAAACCGGUACUGUUGUGACGACUGCACUUGUGAUUCGCACAAGGCACACAUCCAAAGGUGCUUGGCAUUGCAAAGAUCAGUAUGCUUGUGAUGCUAAGGUUUAUGUUGACUUGCGGGGUUACAAGGGUUACAUCAUGGCAGAGGGCCGCCUGCUCUACUACCAGAAGCACUAUAAUCUUGCUUUCUUCAGGGUGAGAGUGGAUUCAUCUGUUCAGUUACCCUCUUUUAGUGAUAAAGUGAAAAGUGCUCAAGACAUUUUUGAGCUUGGAAGAGAUGACUGUUUCAAUCUACUCAUAAAUCAUGGUAGAGUGGAAUAUUCAAAUCCAUCCAGGGAUGAGCGGUAUCACCACAUGUACAUUCAAGGUCCACAACGAGAUUGUAUGCAUGAUCUAGGAGGUCCUGUUAUUGACUUAGAUGGGAAGGUUGUGGGAAUGAUCGGCAGUUGUUCAGGAGGGUCUUUUAUACCUUCUUCAGUUUUACUCAAGUGCUUUCAUCUAUAGAGGAACUUCCAAUAUGUUUCCUUUUCAGCUCUAUUCUACUCUCGAGAUGAUUUAUUCCUUUGCUUAUUUCUUAUUCUAAGAAGAAGAAUAAGUUCGGAAAACUGCAUUUGGAGUUGUCUGUUUUAUCUCUUUUGCUUCUAUUUUCCCAUUCAUUUUCUCUCUUCAUGUUUUACAAUUGCUAUAUUUGAACCCAUAAAUAUUUAUGUAGUAAAAUCAUGUAUAAGUAAGGCUAGGGACAUAACCUUGAUGAGUCCUAGGUUGUCAUAUUAUAUGUUUACAAUGAGUAUGUUUGAAUAGAUUUCUGUUAAAUAACACAUAUAGCAAAUAUCAUGUACAAGUGAGGCUAGGGGUUGAAUCUUGAUGAGGCGUAAGUGGAAAGAAUCAAAGCAGAACCACACCAACCAAGAUUGUGAAUGAUUCAUCAUGAAAUCUUUAUGGAGGAAAUGGGUGGUUAACACUCUAUUGGCUUUCAUGUGUUAUCGUUACUCCUUUUAUGUCUCAUUAUGUUUUGUUUUGGACAUUUAUAUGGACUUCAAGGUUACACUUUGAUAAAAAAAACGAGUAUUUAUUAUGCAAGUAUAUUUUAAGGUGAUCUCAUUUUUCUCGAUAUUGAUGCCUAGAUCUUAAAAUGCUGAGUGGCACGCAUUCCAGAAGGCCACACACAUAAAAUUAGGUGGAAAGCCAUGUUUCCUCUUAAUUUCGAUAUCCAUGUACCGCAAUCAUAUUUCUAGGCACAUACCUCGACCCCACCUUAGAUUGAAAUUUAAUGCCAUCAGCCUUUUAAACCCUGCUCAUGUUGAGCAUAUAUUGGUCGAGUGUGAGAUUGAUGAAGGUCUUAUUGUUACGGAGGUGUGUGAGGACUCUCCUGCCGAAAAAUGUGGAAUUCGAAACGGGGAUGUUAUUGAAUGUCUCAAUGGAAAACGCGUUUCUACUACUGUGGAGUUGGAAAACAUGUUGCUGAGCAUAAUGGAGAACAUUGGAGAUAACAUUAAUUCUGAUCUGGAUUUGGAGAUUCAGGUAUACUUCACGCGUACAGAACUUCGGAGAAUCAAAGUACUAACGGUGAAUGUAUCUGAAGACGGUGAAUAUUGUGAACCAUAUUAUGCAACACCUCCCCGCUGGUAACUUGACGCAGCACUUCACCAAGUGAGCCCAGCAAUAUAGUGUGUACUUUUUCUUUGACGGGUCAGACGAAUUGCAAUGGAGCACCAGGAGGGAGAGGAGGAGGUAGCGGUUAAUUGGACCUUUGUUUAGCAUUUUGUAACAACACUACGAGUAGGGAAUCCCCGAGUACUCCACGUGCGAUGACGAAGCCUGCAGAUACUGUGCAGCAUGUCGCUAGUAGAGUUUUCAAGGCAGCAGGUGUAUAAGGAAAGGUAUUGCACUUGUUGCAACUCUAGAGUAGUAGUAGCCCUCAUCAUCUUAGCUUAGAUGUCCGUCACUCGAGUGAGGAGUGAAGGAGGAGAUGACCGGCGGCAGCAACGCUCAUUACUAAUUGUCCAAUCGUCCCGCUGGAAUUAACGUAAUGUUGAUUGAUUGUAUGUAUGCCAAAUUAUUCAUGCCAGACGAGGAAAAACUAGAACUGAUGGCAAGUUGAUUUCAGUUACC